AUGUCCUCACAGGCACAAUUCCGCGCAUUCCAAGCCAUCGGCGACGAACACCCACGGCUCAUCACGGUUCGCUGGACCCCAGGACAUAAAGAUAUCCCUGGAAAUGAAGCCGCAGACAGCCUGGCAAAGGCCGGCGCAGCUCUCCCUGUACAAGACCUUACACCGUCCGUCUCACAACGACGCCGCGAAGUACGAGCAAAGCUAGCUUUACUCUUUAAAGAAUGGUGGGAAGGGGUAGACAAACGUGCCUACCUCGACCAGAAGAUCGACCUCAAGGGAGACCUCCUGAAGCUCCCAGAGCUCGAAAUGCCUCGCAUACAGCUAAGGCAUCUCCUCGCUGCCCGAACCACACACGGCGACUUCGCCGAUUACCACACACGCUUCCACCACCACGAUACGUCCCUUGAAUGCAGCUGUGGGAGGGAAAGAUCUCCUACACACCUGUUCUACUGCCGAAAGGUUCCGGUAGGCCUGAGAGCUCGGCUGGCACCCGAUGCUCAAAGCGCAAUAGGCCGGUUCCUCGGCUCGCAGUAUAAGGUAUUCAAUCGCAUCGCGGGUGUGUACUUCAAGCACAUCUGCGCACAGUGGUGCUAA